ACAUGGCAGCAAUAAACAAUCGAUUCAAGAAAUUCUAUGACUCCCUCCAUCAUCCAAAUUCAUUAGUUAUCUCAAUCUCUAAAACCCUAAUCGGAUUCAAUUUAAAACCCUAAUCGGAUUCAAUUUAUUUGAAACUAGACAGAUUUGUUUUUAGUUUGAUACCUAGUCAAUUUCUGUUCCAAUCGGAGGAGAAUGAAGGAUGAUGAUCCCCUGCCCAUGUCAACACCGCCAUUGAUGAUAACUAAUAAGAAGGAAAGCCUAGAUUCCAGUAUAUUCAGUAGAGGCCGGUACAAGUUCUGGGCUCUCGCCGCCAUUAUUCUCCUCGCUUUCUGGUCAAUGCUUACUGGCACCGUCACUCUCCGCUUCUCUGCCGGCAACCUCAACCGCUUAGGAGAUUACGACAUCGCCGGUGGAUCUCCGAUUCAUGAAGAUCUCGACGUUCUUGAAAUGGAGGAGCGAGAGAAGGUAGUGAAGCAUAUGUGGGAUGUCUACACCAAUGGCCGUCGGAUCAAGUUACCUCGAUUCUGGCAGGAGGCGUUUGUAGCUGCUUAUGAAGAUCUAUCCAGUGAUGCACCUGAAGUAAGAGAAGCUGCAAUAUCGGAGAUCGCCAAGAUGUCUAUCAAUUCUAUUGAUCUUGAUCUUCCUCCCCAAUUAACGAAUAUACGAGAAUUAAGUUCAAAACAAUCACAGCAGAACAAGGCACGAAGUAAGUUGAAUAUAAGUUGAAGAAAGCCAAGAAGAACAUCCCCAUUCUUUUUUUUUUAUACAGGUUCAAUCUACGCGUUAAAUUAUCCGCACUAAAUGACCCACGCCAUUUUUCAGUUAAUGUCAUGAAAAUUGUAUUCAGUUUCAUAUGUUCGACACCACACAAACAACUAUUUCUCGUUGUUUAUUUAGGUCUCAAAUCUCAUUUGUUAUUUGUACUGUCAAUGUCAAUUUGCUUCAUGAUAGAUAGCUUUUUGAUACCA